GUCGGCCCGUCAGGAGUGCGGUGUGUGGUGAGCGGAGGAGGGAAAGAAGAAGGGCAACGUCAUGGCUGUGCUGAGAGUCUCUCGGCUCAUACAAAGCAUUGUUACUCGUGGUUUGAGAGCACAAUCCAUUCAGGCUACUGCAACCUCACCAAAAAGCAAAUCUACUGCUGGAUAUAGCUUUGAACUUACUGAUGAACAGAAGGAAUUUCAAGCUACAGCACGUAAAUUUGCUAGAGAAGAAAUAAUACCUGUUGCUGCUCACUAUGACAAAACUGGAGAGUAUCCUGUUCCUCUGAUUAAAAGAGCAUGGGAGCUUGGCUUAAUAAAUACACACAUACCAGAGAGUUGUGGUGGUCUUGGCCUUGGCAGUUUUGAUAACUGCCUUAUUACUGAAGAAUUGGCUUAUGGAUGUACAGGGAUUCAGACGGCUAUUGAGGCAAAUUCUCUAGGUCAAAUGCCAGUCAUAAUUGCAGGAAAUGAGCAACAGCAGAAAAAAUAUUUAGGAAGAAUGACUGAAGAGCCCAUAAUGUGUGCAUAUUGUGUUACAGAACCUGGAGCAGGCUCUGAUGUUGCAGGUCUAAAGACAAGAGCUGAAAAGAAAGGAGAUGAAUAUAUUAUUAAUGGACAAAAAAUGUGGAUCACUAAUGGCGGCAAGGCUAAUUGGUAUUUUUUAUUGGCACGUUCCGAUCCUGAUCCAAAAGUUCCUGCAAAUAAAGCUUUUACUGGAUUUAUUGUGGAAACUGACAGCCCUGGAAUACAGAUUGGAAGAAAGGAGCUUAACAUGGGUCAGCGCUGUUCAGAUACGAGAGGGAUUGUUUUUGAGGAUGUAAGAGUGCCCAAAGAAAAUGUACUUAUUGGUGAAGGAGCUGGCUUUAAAAUUGCCAUGGGAGCAUUUGAUAAAACACGGCCUCCAGUAGCAGCUGGUGCUGUCGGAUUAGCACAGAGAGCUUUGGAUGAAGCUACAAGAUAUGCUAUGGAAAGAAAAACAUUUGGGAAAGUCAUCGCAGAGCACCAAGCAGUGUCCUUCAUGUUGGCUGAAAUGGCAAUGAAAGUGGAACUAUCUCGCCUGGCUUACCAGAGGGCAGCAUGGGAGAUAGAUGCUGGUCGUAGAAAUAGCUAUUAUGCAUCUAUAGCAAAGGCGUAUGCUGGAGACAUUGCAAAUCAAGUAGCUUCUGAUGCUGUCCAGAUUUUUGGGGGAAAUGGAUUCAAUAGUGAAUAUCCAGUAGAAAAACUAAUGAGAGAUGCAAAAAUAUUCCAGAUUUAUGAAGGAACAGCUCAAAUUCAGAGAGUAAUUAUAGUCCGUGAACAUAUUGGCAAGUUUAAAGGUUGAGAGCGUCCCUGACAUGCAUUAGCCUGAUAUACAAAUGUUUGGGGUUUUUUUUUCUGGUGCAUUACUUUUAAUAUUGGACAAAAAUGGUUUCAACAGCAGUAGUGUCAAAUCUUAAGUACGUGAAAAAGCUAGUCACUUACCUUCUAGAACUAUUCAGGAAAUUUCUUUAGUGACUUCACAGUUUUGCCCAACUUCAUCGUGACAUGGUUAUCUUGGUCCUCUGAAAUCUCUGUAGCGUAUUUAAAGUGCCUUGGACUUUUAUAAUUGAACAGGUCGGUGACAUAAAUUAGAUGAAGAAUUUGAUACAAGUUGAAGUUCUGGGAGCCAUGUGUAAAUUGGAUAUUGUUAGGUUUGUACUGCAGUAAUUACUAAAUACUAUAUAUUGACUACAAGAUUAAAAAUAAAUUUAUUGUAGAUAAAUUAGUUGUAUUGCCUGUAGCUGAAUCCAUAAAGAAUAUAGAAGAGUUACUUUUGUUCUACAGGACAGAAUGACAUUUAAUGAAGGCUCCUUGCUGAAAGAUGCGAAAAAAUAAAUUGCUUUAUCCAGAUUUUAUCUUUCCCAUGCCUUACCUCCACUGAAUGGAAUGUACUUCAACCGUCUAAGAUAAAUUUUCAGGAUGCUGUAAAGGAAGAAGAGAAACACAUAUAGAAAAUAUAUGACGAUGGUCCCUGUGUGUUUGAUUAUAGCAGACUGUAUGUAAUAUUCAGCAGACCGAAUGUUAUAUAAUAUGGGUAGUCCUCGACCUACGACCAUUCAGUCAGCAACUGUUCCAAGUUAUGAUGGUGCUGAAUGAAUGGUGAUUAUGACUGGUCCUCAGAGUUCUGGCCGUCCCAGCAACCCCGCAGUUAUGUGAUUGCUAUUUGCAACCUUCCCUGCCAGCUUCCCCAGAAAGUCAAUAGGGAAGCCAGCAGGGAAGGUCACAAGUCAGGUAAGUCUCCCCCACCUGUGCACCUCCCAGCCCUUCUGGGCUUGCACCACACUGGCCACUUGCCCCCCCAUGCACCCUCCCUGACCUGCGGCCCUGUGCACCCUCCCCAACCCACAUGAUGCCUCAAGUGCCCUCCCCAACCUGCACAGUGCCUCUCACACACCCCCUCACACCUUGUGCCUCUCUCACACACUCUCCGACCCUCACCAACUCACGCCACAGUUCUCCCACACUGGACCUCUUGGGCAGCCAUACGCACCCUCCCUGACCCACACGGUGCCUCUUGCACACAUCCCCACACCUUCCCUGACCCAUGUGGCACCUCUCAUGCACCCUCUCUGAUCCUCCCUUGCACCCUUACCACAUCUCUCAUGCACCCUCCUCCACACCCUUGUGCACCCCCUUGCUCUCUCCCCCACCCAGCAGCAGCCACUUACCUACCUGCGGACCUGGGACUUGCAGCUGUCUGCCAGCUUCCCCACUGACUUUGGUUGUGGGAAACCAGCAGGAAGUUGCCUCACUUAACAACUGUGGGAUUCCGUUAACAGCAGCAACCAGGACUGCAGGGAUUGCCGUCGCUAAGCGAUGUGGUCGCGCUUUACAACUGCAUCGCUUAGCAACAGAAAUUCCGGUCCCAAUUGCCAUCAUAGGUUGAGGACUACCUGUAGUCAGAUACGAUAAAAAUAGCCAUGCAAUGCAAUCUUUUCCCCUUAUAAUUUUCUUGUAUUUGUAGUAUUCUAAUGAGCUGCAGAAUUAAAUUACUAGUAACCCAAGAUUCUAUAUGCUGUUUUUUAUAAUAUGUAUAUGAAUUUAUUUUGGUAUUGAAACUGAGUCAGCUGAUUCAUGUUAAUCAAUUCUUAUAUGUGCUGAACUGUGUUGACCAGUCUUCCCCCAAAGAACCUGUAGCUUUUAGGUAGUUUAUUUAAAUUGCAAAACCAAAUGGAAAAGUUAAAAAAAAACACCUUUGGGUUGUGUUCCUGAUUUAAUUUCCCCAUUAAAACAUUAUUUGCUAAUAGAA